AGUAGGCUUGUUGGGUUGGGUUGAUUGGUUAAUUCGUUUGAGUUUUUCCAGUUUAGUUUUUUAUUUGUAAGUAACCGAAAUCAUGAAGUAUCCGCCACCACCACCGCCAACUGUUCAGGAACCUGAACCAGAACGUGUUCGAGAAGGAACUGGUGCAAUGCGUCCGUUUUUCUUUGUGUUUUAUACCCUAGAGACAGUGUUCAAUAUGUUCUGCAUGGCAUUUCAUAUAACUGGAUUCAUGUCUGUGGACUUAAGCAUGUUGGGCUGGGAGAAAGAAAUCAUUCACUAUUUCUAUUUGAUUGCAUUUUAUGUCUUCAUGGUGCUGACUCUCUUCCAAAGUAUUAACAUUUGUACCGGUCACACGCCCACCCUUCUCAUGGAGAUCAUAAAAGCUUCGGCCGCAUCAUGUGCCUUCACAUUGAUUUCACUGAUGACUAUGUAUGAUGCCGAACGGGAUUUUCAUUUAUUGUAUUUGGGCGAUGAGGAAUCGGAUGACGUUUACAUUAAAGAUAAACCAGUUCAUCCAUUUUUCAAUUAUAUGCGUAAUCAAUCGAUAUCAUCGUUGGCCUGUGGAGUUCUUUACAUGCUACAUGCUACCAUUCUGAUCGAUGUAAAGAUCACUGCCUCCAAGGAGGAGAAUAUUUACCGUGAUGAAGAGAGCGACUAUAUGCCUAUACCGCUGUAUGUCUUUGGACAAUAUGUACAGGCCAAGUUGGAUUCAUAUGAAUGGUUUCAGGAAUUUCGUGACAAUAAUCUUGUCAAUUUAUAAGUAAGGUUAUAGUAAAUUCACAUAAAGAAGAACAACAAUAUUCGGACGUCGUUUUCAGCUUUAAAUUAAACAAUUACAAAACUGUUUCAGCUUUGCGUUGGCCAUUUCAA